AUGUUGAGACAGUUGAUAAGGAGGACGGGUCGGAUACUGUCUAUGCAGGGGAGUGGUGGACGUGUUCCAAGGGGCUCUUUUAUGAGCACCUAUAGUGCAUUGCAAAAUAAGAAUGAUAUUCCAGCCGUUAAGACCGCUUCGAAUGAUGUGGAUAUUCUUAAUCAGUUCUUAGAAGAGAGCUUGGAAGAAGAUGGAGAUAAAGAUUCUGAGCUAUUGAAUAACUUCUUGGAAGAUAAAUCCGAAUAUGAUCUUAAAGAUUAUUUUGCAGGAUUUAAUCUUGAAAAUUCCAAAAGUGCUGAGAGUAAAGAAAGUCAAUUUUUAGACACGUUAUCUAACCUUACAAAUACAUCAGUGGAUAAUUCCACCAGACCUUCUGAUAUAUUAUCCGGCGCAUCGCCUUUACAGGACGAUGCUAAUAGAGAAGAAGGGGUAGUAUUUGAUGAAAAAUUCAUUUCUGAAGAAAGACAAACAUUUAUGGACAUUUUUAAUACUUAUAUGGAAAAGUCAUCAGAUGAUGAUGCUGAUUUAUUAGCAAAUCUUGACGGCACUAAACUGAAUGACAAUAAAAUAGUGGAUUUAAUUCUGCAAUACACACGAGGAGAAAAAUCAGCCGAACAAGCAGAAGAACUUUUUAGAAAGACUAAAGAAUCUCUUGAACCUACCAUUGAUUAUAUUUCAAAUAUUGGCACUGAACAAUUAUUAGAAUAUUUUGAUCAGAUUGUAAUAAACUGGAAAGAACUUUCUGUAAGUUCUCCAGAAACAGUAUUCUUACGGGAACUUCUUUCACGCCCAAAUGGUGACCUGAACACUACACAGCUUACCAUUGACCUCAUGAACAGAAUUAAAGACAAAUCAAUUAUUGAUGCCACUAAGCCAGAAUUGAAUGUUUUUACAUUACCGAUAAUUUUCAACACUGUUAUCAAAACAUUUGCCCUUAAAUAUCAAGAACCACAGGUGGCCUUGUCGUUAUACAAUAGCAUGAAAUCUGACGUUAAUUUUUUCACCAUGUGUUGUAACCAACAAACAUACAAUGAAGUUAUUAAAAUUAUCUGGAUAUUUCAAGGGAAAUCAAGUUUAUUUGGAUUAGAAAAAAUUGUUCUUGAAAUGAUAAAUAAUGGAUUUACAGGUGAUUUGACCACGUUCAACAUUUUAAAGCAAGCCUUGGUCGAUUAUUAUAAUAUUAAGAUGGGUGUUAGAAAUGGUGAACGUGGACACAGAUCUAUGUGGACACAAGAGGAUGAUAAGAGAGCACAAAAUAUAGAAAAAAAAUUGAGAGAAAUGGGCAAAAAAUUGAAUAAAUUUGUUUAG